AUUCUGUUGUGGGUUUAAAAAUAAGAUUAUUCUUAAUAAAUACUUGAAGUUAUAUACAAAUAUUUUUUUCUGUGUAAACGUCAGUAUGACUUGGCGCCACUGAUCUUCUUUACUUUGCGACUACAGCCAUUUGAUUUCGGUUUGGCACAGUGUUCAGUCGCUUUUUAAGGAAUAAAUAAGAAAUGGAUAUUAAAUUUGAAUUUAAGGAGGGAAGCCGAGCCGGGUGCUCCACAUUAUUGUAUACGCCAGAUGACAAUCAGAUCUAUGUUAAAAAUAGACAAUUAAAAGAAGGUGACAUCGCGUACGUGUGUCGUAUCAAAGACUGCAAAGCUCGGGUUCAUCUAAGUGCGGAUAAGACUCGCCUUUAUUCGAAGACGGAGCAAGUGCAGCAUUUUCAUGGUCCGCAGGGCCAGGAAAUGCAGAAAAUCGAAGUGCUGUCUGAAGUUAAAAAAAAGUGUCAAAGUAGCUCCAAUAAUGACACCAAAAAAGUUUUUAAUGAUGUUUUGGCUGAAAAAACGGAAGGACAAGCGGAGAUCGAAGUCAAUUACGACACUGUCGAUAUUCAGGUGUUCUUGGCACGGACUGUCGGUCUAAAUGAAACAUUUUCAAAACAAGAUCUUUUUUCUGGAAUGUGUUCCGACCUAAACUCUUCCACAUCAUCGUCAUCAAGUUCAUCAAAUUUAAGCCAACUCUCGGAUUCGUUAUUUAUACAACAAAAUCCUUGUAAUGUAUGCUUAAUGAAUCCGAAAUCUGUAAUGCUUCGCCCCUGUAACCAUGUCAACAUAUGUAGUACAUGCUGGGACCAACUUGUCGAUAACCACGAACAAAAUGGAAUUGAAACUAAUCCCAAAUGCCCGACCUGCCAACAGGAAGUCGAAGAGGCUAUAAAAAAUGUAUAUAUAUAUAACUAAAUAAAUUUAAACAAUGUAA